AUGAUGCUGAACACGUUGAGGGAGCUAAACGAUUACAGCAAUUUUCUGCCGAAAAAAAUCAAGGAAAAUGUGAACAAGGAAAAGUACGAAAUAUUGUGCGAAAUAAAAAAAAUAGUUUCGCUUAAGAAAAAUAACUCCUACAAUGUGACGUUAGUAAUCAAGCUGUACAACUUGUAUGAGACCAUCAAUACGACCAAACACAAAUCCUUCCACUUUUACAUUUUUAUGAUUAAAUAUUUGUGGUACUCUCUUCACAAUAAAAAUAUAAGCCCCAAUCUAAAAUCCUACAUUUGCCAAACCAUUUCUGGUAUUCUAGAAAAUAUUAAAAAUCACAUUUUGGACGACUACUUUUUUGAAUAUGAUAAGGAACUCAUUUUUAAGGAUGAAGAGUCUAGUACUUUUGUCCAACCGGAAGAUGUGAGUGGCACUUGGCAUGAUGAGGGAAACGGUAGUGAUGUAACGAACAAUUCAUAUGAAGGAAUUAGUGAUCACUACUACGAUGAAUAUAAGUACAUAAAUGAGAACCCAAGUGAUGUGGAUAGUACCACCAUAAAUGAAAACAAGCCACACAUGCCUGCAGAUAGGUACUACUUAUCUAUUAAUGGAAUUUUCGAAAGGGGAGAUGAAAAUAGCAGCUCAUUUUUUAACGAAGAAGUUCUAAUAAAUGGAAAGGAUGAAGGAUUUCGUCUAUAUAUUCAAAAGUGUAUAUUUAGCAUUAUUGAUUAUAAGUACCUCUUUAGCUUAUUUUAUAAUUAUCUCAGUAACAAUUCAAAGAAGCAGGAUGGAUAUAGUCACAAUGCGUACAAGAAUUUCAUCACGUCAGUUAUUAACUUGUUAGCAAUGCUGAGACCCUUUUGUUAUUACAACAUUGAUGUGCAUAACUUGCUUUUUAAUUUUUCGCUAAAUAAUAUAUUUUCCAGCAAAUAUGAGGAAUACGUGGACAUGAGGGGUGAUUUUCUUCUGGAGUGCGCGAAUCGGGUUGGAGAAUGCGCCCAGGAAAUGAAUCAAAGCGAUGCCACAGAUGGAAACCAUGAUGAUAAUAAUUGCGUCAAUGAGGGGAAGGACAAGCAUGGUGGAGGUCGGGACGAUUGCUCCAUAUUUGCCAUUAACUUCGAAAUGAACAAACGAACCAACACCGGAGUGGUACUGGACGACAAUUACAUGAAGCACAAACUAGGGGAAGGGGGAAAUGCAUUCAUCGGAAUGAUAGACGAAUCGGUCCUACGGAAUGUAGACCUAGCGACCUACCCUAUUGAGAAGUUAGAAAUUUGUCCAAGAUACAAUACGGUGUUUUUAAACUUUGUAAUUCUAAGUCAGUUAGGAUCAGAUGAUUUAUGCUUUAAGUUAAUAAAAUACGAAAAGGCUCUCCAUCUGUAUAGAAAGUUAAGAAGGUACAACUGGCACAGUAUCAAUUAUGCUUUCGUCAGAAUUGUAUACAAGGGAUUAAAAUAUGCCUAUAUGUAUAACAUCAGUUUGGAGAAGCAAAUGAAGGAGAUAGUUAGACUCCUCUUUUUCUUAUUCCUAUAUUAUAUAAAAUUACCUUGUAAUGUUCAGUUAAGUUCCGCCAAAAAAUACAUUCCAGAUGAUUACAAUUUACUUAUUAAUGAUGAUGAUAGUGUCGUGAAAACUAUUUCGAAGACGUUUGUUUUUUUACUAAAUAAAAUGUAUCGAAAGGUGAAGGUAACCGGGGGGAAUAGUGCGGAGGAAGUCAAGCAAAAGCAGCUGGAGGCAAAGAUGAGGGAGAAAGAGUUACUGCAGGCUUUUCUCUCCCUUCUGAAUGACGAAAAUUUUAAUUUAAGCGUUUUCGAUGAGGUGACAAAUGAUGGAGAAGGCCAGGAAGGCGAUGGAGGAAAAGGAAAUAAAAGAAAAAUAUCUUCCUUGUUUCAUGAUCUGGAUACACACGAAUUCUUUAACAUUAUUACUUGUCUGUUUAUGCCACACAUACACCCCUCCAGCGUUGGGAAGCAUCUCGGGAAUAUCAACUUGUUCAUAAACACCUUCCUCUUUUCCUUCAUUAGGAAAUUGAAAAGGGAGAGUUUGUAUUUGAAGCGGAUGAAAGUUCGCCGGAAGACCCCAAAAAAUGAUAAUCUAAUGGGUGGAGGGAAUGUCUAUAGUGAAGUAUCCAUCAAUCUGCAUGACGAAGCAGAUGAUUACGUUUCGAAAUAUUUCAUCUCAGAGGAAGAGAAAAAGUUUGUCAUGGAAAAGUUCACACAGUUAGCAGUGCAGGGAAUGUUUCCAAAGGGUAACAAAGGAGUUAGUCUUUUCGAAAACAUUCUAAAGCAUAUAUGUGUAGUGGAUAUAAACUGCCUGGAUAUUUUCGUUAAGAAAAUGUUAGAAUGCCUUAUCAAUGUAAACACUUCAACCCAAAUAUGUAAUUGCCUUUUAUCUCUAUGCCUAAUAUUACCACUUCUGAUUAGGUAUAAGGCUGGUCAUUUGAAGGAGUUGCUCUCCGUUAUGAUCAUGGGUAUUGAUAUCUGCGAUGUGUACAAAAGCUUCACGAUCUUCUCCUUCCUAAGCAUUUUAUUUUCGUACAUUUGUAUUGUGAAAAUUGAGAAUGUAGGAGGAGGAAAAGGGGUGGACCUGAAAAUUGCCAUAAGAGAGUACACAAAAUUUAUGCAAAUGGAAGGAAGUCAGGCGUACACUUUGCACUUGCUAAAUGAUGAGCAGAUCGAGGAGGUUAUGAAAGAGCGAAAAGAACUAGUCGACUAUCUAUGCUACUGGAUCCAUGAAUUUUUUGACAAAAUUUUGUACUUUAUAAAAUUUACAAAAAAUGAGAAAAGUAAAGAUAGCAAAAAGAUGAAUGGGGAAAAGAAGGAAAACAAAGUGGGAAAUGAUAUUUACACCGGAUUGAAGACCACAUUAAUUUCUCUCUUUAUUCAUUUAGAUCACGACAUUUUGUAUGAAUUGUGUGAGAAAUUCUUAAACAAUAUCGACCAGGAAAACGCCAAGUCGUUGUCUAUCAUUCCGUUGGCCUUCGGGAUGGUAAAUAACAAAAAAAUCUACGACAUGCUUUUUAAUGCGUUUUAUAAGAAGCUCAUCACGAAGAGAAAGAAAAAGCGGUUAGUACAUGCGGUGACAUCGUCGGAUGGAGCAGUCUCCACGCAAGAAGAGGAGGAAUAUUUCACUUACUCGAAGAACGAGUACGCCAAUGACGACACGGUCAAGUGCUACCUGCAUUUUUUGUCAAACUUAAUCAGAAGAGCCAGAAAUGAAUAUAUCAAUUUGGAGGAUAUUUACAACUUAAUCGAAAUAUAUAUCAUUGAAGAUAACAAUGUUGCCUUUAAAUACAUUUGUAAAAUUAUGUAUAGAUUUCUGGAGAUCAAUUUUUCUCUAUCGGUGAAGGAAUAUGCAUGUUUUAAGAUUGAAGAAAAUAUUAGUGCACAAGAGAAAAUUCGUACCCUCGCAGGGUGGGGAAUCCCCUGGUACAUUCUGAACAAUGCCAAAAACGAUGGAAAUGUGCUGCCAAAUAAAACGUGUGAACAGGAACAAGUAAUGCACACCACUCAGAAUUAUGAAGAGGGGCUAACUAAGGGGGAUUGCAUCAAUGGAAGAUUCUCCGAUGGUGCACAAUUCAACGCGGAUGAAAUGAUAAAAUGGAAAAUGCCAUCAAGAGAAAAUGUAAAAGUCGGGAAGAGGUUCAUGUACAUUCUAUUGGACUAUCUGCUCGAUCUGAUAAUCCAGUGUGGUGUUCCAGUGUCUACCCCCAAUCUGAUAAAAUAUGUGGAAAAGAGAAAAUUAAGAGAAAAAAAGAUCCAAUGGAAAUUCCCCCUAAACCAUUCUAAUGUGAUUUCUAGAAUUUACAAAAUAAUUAAAUGCAUCGUUAAACCACUUAGUUGUUUAUAUCCAGAUGAAAGGUACAAUUAUAAUAACCUCUUAGUGAAGUGCCACGUGGUGAAUACAAAACUCUCCUUCUACCUGUACGUCUACUUGUGCGAAAUCGUCGUGACCUUAUCUUUACACGUUUUAAAGAUACCCAAGCAAAUUUUGAGCAUGUCCUUAUAUGCUAAGUACAAUCCUAACGAUGAUAGACUGGAGCAUAGAUCCUCCUUCAGCUCGGUGAAUAGUGAAAACAGUGUUAACGAUGUAAGCGUAAAGCAGAUAUUGGUAGAUAAGAAUGAGUUAAAAAAAUUAAAAGAAGAUUUCUUCACAAAUAUUAUUAAUAAUAGGGAGGAGAGUAUUAAGGCUGAUGCCAAAAUGCAGCGGAAAAUUAUAAAGUCUAUACAUUUCCUACUCUUAAAAUGCAACGAUAGUCCGAACACCACUAUGUAUAAUGAAUAUAUUAAUAGUGUGCUUUCCUUCACAUAUAAUAUUUACCCAUACAGCUACAAUUAUGAUAUCAUUAAGAGUCAGUACGUUAAUAACAUAUUAUCUCUGUACAAUGAAAGAUUGAAGCAAAGGAAGAAAAACUACUGCUUUAAGGGUUAUCGAGAACAGCUGUGCAAUAUUUUAUUUUUCACCAACUUGUCCAUUUAUUCUCAAGUUCGAUCAUAUGCUCAGAGCACCACGAAGCUCGUUUUGCCUACUUUUAAAAUUAUCAAAAUUCCCUUUCUCAAAAUAUGCUCCUUUUAUCUGAAAAAUUACAUCAAGCUGUACAUCUUGAUGAAGAGCGAACAGAACAAGGAACCGUACACGGAGAGUACAGCAGACAUCGGCAUAAGCAACGCCACACAUGCGGCGAUAAAUAAUUCAACCAAUGGCCCGAUGAACGAACCGAUAAGCGAUCCUACAAAUAGCGGAAGCCUUACCAAGCUCAGCACCCUGAAGAGCCUAGGUGAAUUGAACAACCACGACUACUUCGAGAACAAGUGCAUCAGUUGCUUCAACGGAAUCCUGAUAAACAUAUCUAGCAACUCUGGGCUGAUAAAAAAGAUCAGCACCGAUCUAAACCUGCUCAGGAAGUACAUAAAAAUUAUCCUAAACAUAUUAAGACUGGAAAUACAGAAGGAUGAAGUAACCCUAAAGUGCAUGAAACUAGUUUAUGCUAUAAUUAAUAGCAGAUUUAUAAAAAAUCAAGAAGCCAGCACCGUAGGGGAAGAAAAAAAAAAAAAAAAAAGUCUGAACGGAUUAUUUUUAUUUCUAAAGGAAGAGAGCGAAAAGAAGAAUAACGUCUACGCGCAAAUCGUCAUUUUAUCUUUCCUCAUUUGUUAUGAGAAUUUUGUAAUUCUCAAUCACAGCGAGUUUUAUUUUAGCUACCUGCUAGAAAAUCUGAUGAUAAAAAAAAACGUGAAUGUGUAUAACCUAGCCUAUUACGGAUUUAUUAAGUUUCUAAAAUACUUCAACAGGAAUGUUGAUAAGGGUAUUGUGCCUGCCCACAUUAUGGACGUGUUCAAAAGCCCAGAUGUGUACAACAAUUUUGUGGAGGUAUGCAUAUAUAAAAAUUUGAAGAGCAAGAAAAAGAGCAACAGCAUAAAUGCCAUCAUUGUGAACUUAUCGAAAAUACAAAAAUCGUUUAAAGGUUUUGCCCACAUUAGCGAGACACACAUAAAGGAUUUUUUCUACUACUAUGAGUUUUUCAAAUUUUUGGUUAAUCUCCAGAAUGAAUAUGAUGAGCAGUCAAGGGGGGAUGCUACAUCCGGAGUGGUACAUACGGACGAGUUGUAUAUCCCAGUGAAGAAACAGGACGACGGGGAAGGGGAAGCCAUACCAGGGGAUGUGCAUCAAUUGGGUGAAGAACAAAGCACUAUAAAGAAAGAGGGUGUGUGUCCCCAUUUUAAUUUUUUUCAGAGGAUUAUCCACAAUUUGAAGGAACUACAACAAGAUGUGCAUGCCGAUAACGAGUACAAAUCUACCUUCAUUUCGCUAGUUUGCCCUUUGCUUUUUUCCCUGAGAAAAUUAAAAAGGAGGGAAAUGGCAGAUACAAUUUUGGAAAGCAUCAUUUCAUUGCUGGAAAAAGAAAUAGCCGUUGUAAAUAUGGAUGUAUAUACCAUAUGGAUGUAUUAUUUUCAUCUACUUUUUAUUAAUAUAAAGAAGAAGGAUCUUGACAAGUACGAAAAGUUGUUUAAGUUUUGUUUAUGUUUCAAUUUUCAAGACACAUCCAAUUUAAUUUUUAAAAAAAAAACACAGCUGUUAAGUAUAAUGCUUAUGUACAGUAUGCACAAGAAUAUCCACCUUAUAGAUAACCACCUAAUGGAGUUCCUAAAGUUGAUUGACAAUGACAACAUAACGGUUAGACAAGUGGUGGGGGAUCUUUUAGCCUACUUACUUUACGUACUUCACGAUAAUAGGUACUAUUCCCACUUGAAAUGCAUGUACCUGAGGAUAUUAAUGUAUUUGUACAAAAGAAGCUGUGAGGUUAUUGAAUACCUUCAAGGGAAGGAAACCUUGUCGAAGCAGUCUAAAUUUAUUUAUACGUUGGAGACACUAGCUUAUAUUACUAUUACAAUUUUUUCGAUUAGAAGCAUGUAUGUGCUAAAUAAUAUCAGCAUUCCAUUUUUGAAGAUGUUUAUUUUGUCAUUCCAGCUCGUCGACAAUUUUAUCAACGAGAUUGUUAACAAAGCCAUCAACUGCUUCAUGUGCCCCUCGCUCUACUUGUUCCAGUUUGAAAAAAUCACAUAUGCGCAAUCGGCGGCGCAAUUGGCGGUGCAAUCAGACGACGCAUGUGUCACAUGUGGUACAAACGAUAUUUGCGAAAUAGCCACACCAGAACUAAUUAGUAGCUUCGAUAUACUACUUAAAGACAAUUUGGGAAAUAUAUUCAUAAAAGAGUUAAGCCACUUGUUAAGGAAAAGCAACUGGAAGAUUCGCAAUUGCGUAUUACAAUUUUGUUUCUACUUUCAUGCAUACUACUGCAUAUUUUUUUACAGCCGAACGGAAAAUACCUUUCUCCUAAAUGUCUUCAUAUCUUUGUUAGUUGACAAUUAUAUUGAGAUUCAAAAUUUAUCGCGCCAUAUUUUGUCAUCCGUGCUAUGUUUCUAUGACAGCCAGACUGUCCAGAGCAUUUCUCAAUACUUUUUAACCGUGGCCAAUGAGAAAACCAUAUUACCUUCACCACAAAGGGAGAAUCUAGAAACGAGUAAUAGCAACAAACUGAUGGAGAAGAAAAAAACGGUCGCCAUUUACGCCCUCAUCAGUGUUAUAAAUUCAUUCCCGAAUCAUAUCCCCCACUGGCUCCCGAACAUUUUAAUCAGCGUAGCCAAAAUGUCAAAUAAUAAGGUGCAUAUCAUAAAGAAGGAGAUAGAGAAAUGCAUCCAGAACUUUUUGAGGACCCACAAGGACGAAUGGGAGUACAAGUACAAGUUGGUUUUCACGGAGGACCAGCUAAACAUCUUGGAUAUGUACAAAGGCGGUCUUAAUUAUUUCACCUAA